CGUUAUAAAUCAUUGUACAUCCCCUGCAAAUAAGGGUGGACAAUUUGACUUUUGAGGGGGAUGGGGCUUGGGGGAAUUUUGUGACAAGAUGUUAUCACCGAAGGUACAUUAUUCAAUAGUCUUUCUAUUAAAUGAAGAUAAAUUCUGGCAUAAAAUAUUUAAAAUGCAGGCCGGCUAGUCAAAGGAAUAAUAAACCUUGAAGUGACAAGGAAAGCCACAGAAAUUCUACAUCCACGCGACAGGAGAAUAAAGCCCGUGCGUUGAAGCUUCCAAGGGUUCCUUUUGAUUUGGAACACCUCCAGGGACGUCCAUGAUCAUUUGCUGGUAUAAAGAGCCAGUUAGAAACGUAGAAUGGAGCGCAUUUGAUAACACCGAGUUCAGAUCGCUUCCCGUGUACUGUGAUUAAAGUUAAAGAGAUCCCGGCCUCCCUAUGGCAAACUUGGUGUCAAGUGGUAGAAAACCAAUGCGGCACGUAUGGGAGAGUGAUUUAUCGUAAAAGCUCAUUUCUCUCGGGAAUAGAUAGGGAUUUUUUAAUUAGUGACCCAGUCUUGAUUUAAAUGAAAUUCAUUUCUUCCGGGUUACAUAAGAAGUCCAUCAGUUAAUGUGUAUCGAUUUAAAGACGCUUUCCGAAGCCAUCAUUGUUUAGGAGUUUUGUAGAUCGACACAAGUUCGUUUUAACAACUCUUGAAUGCUACAAUCCUUUAAUUACGUAUUGCAAUUCUUCUUACUUUUCAAGGGUUAUUAAGCUUGUUUUCAUUGCACUGAUUCUGCGGAAGAAAAUCCACACAGCUCGUCGAGAAAGUGUCAAAUAAAACACCUGGCGAUCUCAAACGAAUAUAAAACAAUUAGUGUUUAUUAACUCGCCAUUAUCUCAUUGGCUGAUUGAUAAUUUCCAAACCCCUUCUAACCAAAUCUUCUGUUCGGCUGUAGUUCAGCGACCAAAACAGGUAGAUUCCUCUUGCGGGGAAGACUCGCUGCAUUGUGCUUUAUUCUCUCAUGCAAAUCAGCAUGAUUCAAGGGGUACGGAGCGCCCGCAGCGGCGAACUAAAGUUUGUUCGCUUGUAAUUACUCACUUCAAAUCCACAACUGUUCUCUUUCUUUGAGGCGUCACCCAGCGUCGCUUUUGCAAAGGCGCGAUGGGUUUCCCGCGCGAAAUGGGGAUUUUACUGGUUUUCUUCAGUCUCACCUCGACAAAUGUAUCUGGAGAUCAAGUUCGUCUCACUGGCGAAGAAUUUAUUAUCUACGAGCCAAGAAAAGCCGGGGAUCCUCGACAGACGGUGAUUAAGCUGCGAUUUCGAACUAUUCACACAAAUGGUCUUCUCGUGUACAGCACGCGCUCGGGGAACAAUGAUUUCAUGCAACUCGACGAUUUUCUGCAGCUCGACAUCCACCACGGUCAAGUGCGUUACCAAGCGUAUCUCGGAGGAGAUCACCUACUUGGAACGCUGAAGAUAAAAAAUCCAAAAAAAGACUUGAACGACGGCCGCUGGCACAACGUGACUUUGACACAGGACGGUCGAGAAGCAAAACUGAAGGUAGAUUCUGUUAGUUCUUCGGGUAUCAUUCCUGAAGCGUACCAGGAUCUUAAUUUAGACAUCGUGUAUAUCGGUGGCAUGAAGUCCGCCACGUACAGGCAUUACCACGUGAGAGGGACACGAAAUUUUCGAGGAUGUCUGGAAGAUUUGAUAUUCCGUGGUAAAAAUCUAAUCUCAGGGGCAAAAGGUGAACUCCUUGGCUACGAUGCGAACGGAAAAGUGUCGUUCAAAUGCGAGGAGCUCGACUACAGAGUUGUCACUAUGUCCAAUCCAAAUGUUGGCUUUCGAGUGACUGUCAAGAAGUUGCCAGCGGAUAACGACACGUUUUACGCCAGUUUUCGAUUCCGUUCACACGUCGAAGAGGGUCUUCUGUUAUCGCGGAGCGCAGUCAAAGUCAAGCUUCACCUCCGCCUCUCGGCUGGAAGUUUACUUUAUGACGUCACAGCUCCUAACGGAUCAAAGACCGUGCUGAGCCUGGGUUCUAAUCUUGAUGAUGGUGAAUGGCAUAACGUGAACGCCAGUGUUAGAGGGCGAGAAGUUCGUCUGCAGUUGGACGGACGAACCAGAACGAAACCGUUGAAUCACUCCUUGUUGAUGCAGGAGUUUGCUAAUAGAUCUCGUUUAAAGAUCUUCCUGGGCGGUUUUGACGACAACAGAGACUUUCCUGGCUUUGUGGGCUGCAUUUUAAACCUGCAAAUUGACAGCCAGAAGAUUAUCCUGAGGAAUCUCAAGAAGAGUAAACACACUAAUGAGGAUUUAAAGUACGCCUGUCGUUUGGAGAAUCGUUGCCAGCCCAAUCCGUGCAAAAAUGGUGGCCACUGCUCGCAGAACUGGCAACGGUUUUAUUGCGACUGUGAACACACUCAGUUCGAAGGCGACACAUGCGAGAUUUCGAAAUACAAGCCGGCUUGUGAAUAUUACAGGGCUAUGGGACUGAAGACGAGUAUGCGCUGCUUGGUAGAUUCUGUAGGAGAUGGAGAUCCCUAUACGGCGUUAUGUAACGUAACGGACGAUCUCAAACGAACGUACACCAUUAUAAACCACAACAAAAUGACCAAGAUCCGAGUUAGCGAGGCAAAUAUCGUCGGGACGCUUUAUAAACACGAAAUAACUUACUCGAACUCGAUCAGUAUGCAACAAAUUAUAAAGUUGAUAGAAAACAGUAAAGAAUGCCGCCAGCAUAUCAGAUUUCAUUGCUUCAGUUCAAAAUUACUUAACACGCCUCGCGGACCUUCACACGCUUUCUGGUUGGCACGUGACGGCGAGAGACAGGAUUAUUGGGGCGGAGCUGAACCCGGAAGUAAAAAAUGCGCAUGCGGAAUGAUGGAGCCAACGUCUUGCGAAGGCACGGCGAAGUUUUGCAACUGUGAUAACAAGGAUAGUCAAUGGAGAGUAGACGAAGGAUAUUUGACUGAUAAAAGCGCCUUGCCUGUUACUGGACUGGAAUUUAACAAGAAAAGUGCAAAAUCGGAUUUUACACUCGGACCAUUGGAAUGCUGGGGAACUAUAAAGGAGAAAAAGAUUCCCAAGAAGAGCGAUCCUUCGAUCGACAUGACUCGAUUAAAGAAAGCUUGUCCAAAGGCAGGGCCGUCCACACCAUCCUCAGCUCGUACUGCCUCAACAACUACCACCCCAACUCCGUCGACCACAAAGAGCUUGUGUCCAAUUGAGGGAGAACGGGAAUGCGCGAAUGCCUCUUUAUCAUUCACUGAGGUCACCACAACACCCGCCUCCGGAAAAGUUAAAGAAACAAGACAAACAACUCCUCUAGAUCCGGAAAAGAGCUUGGAAGAUUCAGCGAGUGAAAUAUCUACAAUAGCGAUAGUUAUGAUCUCUGCCGCGUUAGUUGUCAUCAUUCUACUUUCAAUGAAGUUUGCCCUCCCUCGCGUCAUAAUGUGCAUUCGAACUCAUAGCAAGCGCGGUGAGUACAUCGUCCCCCCGGCUGGAUCAUCUGGAUAUCCAGCCAGGUUGCUGCCGCUAGUAACCAAGCGGUCGUCGAUCCGGGGGAGGCAGUUAACACAGUGUGGCGCCAAUGGCAGAUACGUAGAUGGAAAUGCAGCGGGAGGAUUGAAAUCAUAUUGGGUGUAGAUAUGGCUUUUAUAUAUGGAAAACAUAGCAACGCAAGUCUACGGUUGGCAAGAUUUAAGAGACUGAGAGCGGGCGGCUUUCAGAGACUAGAACUGCUCGAUAGAGAAUACUCGCUAUAACAGAAAAGUGCAUUUGAACCAAGAGAGGAUGUGGAGUAUGAGAGUUGUUAAUCUCUCAUGAAGGCCUCAUUCCCAAGACAGUCCCUUUCAAGUCAGUUUGAACACUCCCGGUUUGCUAAAAUCCUACGAAGGUCUAGAAAUAGCCAAUCUUGUGACGCGGUUUUUUCUCACGUGGACAGGCCAAGUAGCAUUUUCGUAAACCCUUGCUACAUUUCCAUGAAAACAUCCACGCAAAGCGCGUGGUAUACGCUAGAGGACUGGGUACCAUGUCCAAAUGUAACUUGAGAGGGAUUACCUUAGGAGAAGGUGGCCUAACUCCCCUCUUGAUUUGAACUGCGCAUGUGUGAAAAGUGUAUGUGUGAUGAUUCUUAUUGUCAGAUGACGUAAACAAUCUGACAAGGUCCGUAGACGUACACUGCCUUUUGAGAAUAAGACUGUAGCUUUGAUCAGAACAAAUUACAAUAAUCGUGUAUCAUACGAAAAAAAUUAUUGAUGAACGUUGUUAAUUAGAUAUUCGUGAAAAUUCUCGAUUAACGGAAUUCAAUACGCUUUAAAUUGCACAGAAACGGAGUUUUAGCAAUUGAUUUUAUCUUAAUAGAAUGCUUUUAACGACUUGAUCAAAAUUCUUGGUUUUAAGGGCUAUUAAACAAGAAUUUUACAUGUAAUUAAAGGUUUGCUGAUAUUAAACUAUGAAGGAAGUAUAUGAAAUGUA